AUGGCCAAAGACAAGAAGGGCAGCAAGACUGCCGCACCCAAGGCGGAUGUGGCCAAGCCACUGGAGAGCGUCAAGGCUGGUCGCGUGACCAAGCCGCUUGAGCAGGCAAAGGCUGCCGCCAAAGACACUGCCAAGAAGGCUGCCGGUGGGGUUGAAAAGGCCGCCAAGAAGGUCAAGAAGGCCGUUGAGCCCGAGUCGGAGUCUUCGGACGAUGACUCGGAUGCCAGCUCUGUCGGGACCAGCGACAGCUCCGAGAGCAGCGACGAAGAGGUUGACACCAAGGCCGGAGCCAAGUCGAAGGGCAAGGUCAAUGGCAAGGCUGCCAAGGCGGCUGAAAGUGACAGCAGCGAGGAAGACUCGGACGAAUCCGACAGCGACGAGGAAGUCGCUCCCAAGAAGGCGGCAAAGGGCAAGGUCAAUGGUGCUGCCGCCGCCAAAGACGAUGACAGUGAUGACAGCGAAGAAGACUCUGACGAGUCCGACAGCGACGAGGAGGAAGCUCCCAAGACAAACGGCAAGGCUGCUGCCAAGGACGACGAUGACUCCGACUCCGACUCCGAUGCCGAUUCCUCCGACGCAUCUUCUGACGAUGAUGAGGAAGAGGAGGCCAAGCCUGCCCCCAAGGAGACCGGCAAGAAGCGCAAGGCCGAAGAUGCCAUCGACUCGACGCCCAAGAAGCUCAAGGCUGUUGUCGAGGGUGAGGAGAAGGAUGCCACCAACAACUUGUUCAUCGGCAACCUCAGCUGGAACAUUGACGAGGAAUGGCUCUACCGUGAAUUCGAGACGUUCGGCGACUUGAAGAAUGUGCGCAUCAUCACCGACCGCGACAGCGGCAGGAGCAAGGGAUACGGCUACGUCGAGUUCAACUCUACCGAGAAAGCCUUGGAAGCGCUCGAGGCCAUGCAGGGCACGCUGCUCGACGGUCGCAACCUCCGCGUCGACUUCAGCGUCCCUCGCCCCGCUCGCGACGAGAACGCCACGCCUCAGCAGCGCGGCGCCGAUCGUGCCCAGAAGUACGGCGACACUCCCAAAGAGCCCAGUGCGACUUUGUUCGUCGGCAACGUUAGCUUCGAUGCCGACGAGUCGAUGAUCACCGAGCUCUUCCAGGAGUACGGCACCAUCAACGCCGUCCGCUUGCCCACUGACCGUGAGACCGGCGCCAUCAAGGGCUUCGGCUACGUCGAGUUCUCCAGCAUCGACGAGUCCAAGGCCGCCUUCGAGGCUCUGCAGGGUGGUGACCUUGCCGGCCGCUCGAUGAGACUCGACUACUCCACCCCGCGCAGCAACGACUCGCCCGCUGGCGGUCGCGGCGGCGGACGCGGUGGACGCGGCGGUUUCGGCGAUCGCGGCGGCCGCGGCGGCUUCGGCGGACGUGGCGGUGGACGCGGUGGUUUCGGCGACCGUGGUGGCCGUGGCGGUCGUGGUGGAGGCGGCAGCUUCCGUGGCCGUGGCAACACGACGAACCGUGGUGGGUUUGGCGACUUCUCAGGCAAGAAGGUGACUUUCUAG